AUGAUGCCCCCGGAUAAUAAGAUUGUAGAACUUAUGACGGGUGGGGAGACGGAGGAGGGAAUCUUCCCGUGGGUUUGGGUGGAGAUGUUUGGGGGUGGGAAGGGCAUGGGCCCUUGUGCUAUGAUGGAUGGAGUGGGGUUGGAUACGGUCGCGUUCAUUGAGGAACAUUGUGUUAAGGAGAGGGGUUUACCUUCGGAAUAUACGGAUGACUUCUUAGAGAAGAGGUAUCUGGAUAAGGGAAGAUUGGGUGCUAAAAGCGGAAAGAGUGGAUUGUAUCCUCCUGGACAAACAACAAAAAUCAAGGGCGAAGAAAAAGAUCAUCAUGAGAAUUUGCAUGCUCCAUCUUUAAAUAUGCUAGACAUUGGACUCAAUUUCCUGACCGAUGCCUUAAACUCCGGCGGAAUCGUAGUUGGUUCUGUUGAUGGCCGUCAAAUUCGAACUCUAGUCUCCGGUCAACAUCUCCUAGACGGUCUUGACAUUUCUUUCAAAACCGGCCGGAUAUACUGGACAUGCAUGGGGAUCCCAACAUCCAACGACGGCACAGUACAAUCCUGCAAACUCGACGGUAGCGACAUUCAAACCGUGAUUCCAUCCGGCGCAAUCCACACCCCUAAACAACUGAUCAUCGAUCAUGCAGCUUUGAAACUAUAUUUCUGUGACCGCGAAGGUCUACGAGCCAUGCGAUGUAACUCCGACGGAUCAGAACACGAAACCGUUAUCCAAACCGGUGAUUGGAACAAUCCAGAAGAUGCAAAAGAUCAACUCAAAUGGUUUGGAUUUUCAAAAGGGGGAAAAGGGAGGAUUUUCCGCGCCAAUCUCCAGAUGCCUAAGGGUCAAAAUGCUUCCACUAGGAAAGACAUCGAGUUAUUAUUCCAAGGACUACCUGAGUCCAUUGAUCUCGAGAUAGACGAAGAUACACAAACAUUAUAUUGGACGGAUCGAGGAGAAGGAAAUAGUCUGAACGCGGCAAAACUUGGAGAUGAUUCAUUGAAAGCGCUGAGGGAGGAUAGCGAGGAGAGAAAUGAAUAUCAAAUCUUGACAAGACAGUUGCAUGAGGCGAUUGAAUUGAAACUAGUGGGAACGGAUGGGAGGGAUAAAAAGAGGGUUUAUGAUGAGGAAUGUUCUCUUACGGGUAUUACAUUGGCACAUGUUUGA